AUGGAGCAGUUCAGACACUGUUAUAGUUUUCACUCCGGCUCAAAUAAUGUUUUACCUUUUUGUUUCCCUCCCCUCCUUUUCCUGAUUACUCCCUCUUUUUCUUGUUCCCUCAAUCCAGAAGACAUCUUUAUCCUCCAGGCGAAAGACAAGAAGAACCCUCUCAUCUACGGCCUGUUUACCACCUCUAGUGAUAUCCUGAACGGUUCAGCAGUGUGCGUUUACCGAAUGGAAGAUGUGGUUCGAGCUUUCAAGGGAAACUUCCUCCAUAAGGAGGGACCUCAGUAUAAGUGGGCAGAGUUCACAGGCAAGGUGCCCUAUCCGCGACCAGGAACUUGUCCCAGCAGCACGUAUGGAAGUUACAGCUCGACCAGAGAAUAUCCUGACGACGUCAUCUUCUUCAGCAGGACUCACCCGCUGCUGCAGGAAAAUGUGCUGCCGCUGGGAGAGCGCCCCCUCCUGGUCAGAGUGGGUGUUCACUAUAAAUUCAGCAAACUGCUGGUGGACAGAGUGGAGGCUGUGGACAGCACCUACGAUGUCCUGUUCAUCGGCACAGACUCAGGCCUUGUGCUUAAGGCCAUCCAUCUGCCCAGAGAACACGGGCAGAGUCAGGAGGUCACUCUGGAGCAGCUGCAGGUCUUUCAGCACAAAUCACCCGUGACAGCCAUGACACUCUCAAAGAAAAAGCAGUGGUUGUUUGUGGGCUCCAGGGAGGGUGUGUCCCAGCUGGCGCUAUACCAGUGUGAGCUGUACGGUCAGGCUUGCGCUGAGUGCUGCCUAGCCAGAGACCCCUACUGCACCUGGGACGGACACGCCUGCAGCCCUUACAUGCCCACCGUACGCAGAAGGAACGCUCGUCACUUAGGGGAGGAUGAGGAUCCACUUACUCAGUGUGUCAGACAAGGAGCCGGGCUGCAGGUGGAGGCGGAACAGAGGAUGAUGAUGGUUGCCGAGGGCAACAGCACCUACCUGGAGUGUCUGCCCCGAUCCAGACAUGCUGCUGUUACCUGGUACAAACAGGCUGGAGAGAACAGUCCUGAACUCAACCAGGUGGUAACAGGUGACCAGCUAGUGGUGAUCGAGCGGGGCGUCCUGAUUCGUCAAGCCGAGCUGUCUCACGGCGGCGUCUACCACUGCCAGGUGGAGGAGCACGGCUACCACUGGACCGCCGUCACUGUCCGCCUCGCCGUCUGGAGCCCCUCAGCCAAUCGCCUCCUUGCUUCCUGGUCCGCCUCCUCCUAUCAGAGCGCCGGAUCCCAGCCCUGGUACGAGGACGUGAUGGCGCUGAUUCACCCCGGGAACCUCGGCCAGCACUGUCGGGCCCUGGGAUACCGCCCCCCACGCAACCAGCGUCGCCAUGGUGAUAUCAUGGUGGAGCCUAAGAAGGAGAAAGAGAGGGGGGAGAGGCACAAGCACGGGGGAGGAAGAGGAGGAGGGGGAGGAGGAGGAGGAGGAGCAAGAGCAGCGGGGAGGAAGAGCAGGAGCAAGCCGCAGCAGAGGGCACCGAGGAGCGCUUGAAUGUGUCGUGGAACAGGAGGGCAAAUUUUCAGUGACUUAAACACACACACACACACACACACGUACACAUUUAUGUUAAUGUCCACAUUAAGACACAUACAUGUACACGCACACACACUUAACUUAUACACUGAGACACACACAUACUGUAUGUACAGAGACUAUGACAUGCGCAUGCACUUAUCUACAAACAAAAAAGGCAUCCUUUCAUUAUAGUGACAAACCUUCAAACUAAGCUACACAUAAACAAACUGAAGUAUGUACAGGAGGAUGUGAACAAAAAACGACAAAAGACUUGUGAAUAAAAAGGAACACCGUAGUCUGCGUGGUAUGUUGAACGAAGGAUGAACGCCACGUCCAGAUCACUCAGUUUAACUGACUCUGUGUCGUGGCAAGGACAUGGGAAAGGAUGCUUUGGAUUCGAAGUUUCUACAGAGAGAGAGAAAAGUCCGAAAGUAGAUAUUCAGCUUUUGAAAAAUCCUCCAACCCCUCUGAAAUGAGUGCUGCCUUAAAGGACCAUACUGGUGGCUUUGCAUGUUUUUGCCUAUUGAUUCUAAAAACACUUACACACUGCCCAUUAUUCUCUAAAGCAGAACAGAUGUGUUUAGAUCGAUUUUCGUACCUUCCAGGCAGACACUGGUUUCCAUUAAAUCCAGUACGCUUUGAAAUCCAUCUUACAGAAACAUCUCAAAUGCUUCAGGAUUCAGAGUUAUGUUAUUGCAGUUGCAAGCCGCAUUUUCCAAACUACUCAUGCUUUCAAAUUUUAAGGACACCUCAUCAUUCGCUUCUAUAGAAUUGACGGUCCACUGGUCAAAAGAUUUUGAUUGACAAGCAAUGUCAGUGGAAAGUCAAAGCAUGAAGACAAACAAGCAAAGCUUGAGCAGAGACUGUACUUAAAACAGCAUAACAGCUAAACUAAGACGUAAAGUAGAAGGUAAAAGAGAAUAUUCUCUGUGUGUUUUUUUAGGAAAUAAUCAUCAGUGAUAGUUAAAGGGUUUUGAGAAGGUAAUGUUUACUGUAGGUUGUGAAUAGCAGUAAAUAGCACUGAUGAGUAUUGUACAUCCUUUUCCCCUAAUGUAUAUAAAACCAACACUUCACCAACAGUGUGAGUUUUGCUGGUUUCUUUAGAUUGCUGGUCUCUGACCGCAAAAUGACUGACCGUGACCACAACGAUGAAAGGAAGAGAAAAGCAGAGCGACAGCUUUGAUGAGGUUACAGAUCUACUUUCCCAGGAUGCUGCAGCUGUACAGACACACUGCAGGAGAUGUUUCCAUUAUGUUCUCCUCAAGGUUCAGACAUGUUAGCUGGUAAUGUACACAGACAAAUCUGGAACUGCCAAGCAACAGAGAGCUUAGCAUAGGUGUGGGGAAAAGUGAACAGAAAUGAAGCCACAGGCGAUCUGGUGUGUUUUAUAAGGUCAGAAGAAUUCCUUUUGUGAGUGUUGGUUUAGUUUGCCUGAAGUCCUACAUGAAUACAGUGUAUAGAUUUAGGUAAUAAUGUUUAUUAUUACGUAGGACAAAACUAACAUCUGCACAUCAACUCUAAUAAACAAAUUUAGUUUUUGCUUCAUAGGUUUCUGGGAAAAGAAAUGUUUAGCUGCUAUUAGAUGAGGUACAAUCCAGUAACUACAAAACAAAUUCUUCCUUCUGACAUCAAUAUUGAAUAGUUUUAAAGAGACUAAGCAUCAUAACCAUGGACAUCAUUACAUUACGACAUUUUGGCAAAACACAGAUAUUUGAAUUGGUAAUAUUUCAAAUCAUAUUUCUAGCAAGUGGAGACUGAAAUGUUAGAGGCUCUGUAUCUAUUGGACAAAGAAUUUGUUUUUACUGUAACUUUGGUCAUGUCUGUUAAAUCAGCAUACUGAAACGUGUGGAAUGUCAAGACGCUUUUAAAAAGAUGUUUCAUGAGUGUUUGAUAAGACAUGGACAAGUAUCGAAGUAUGAACUGAACCAAGAGACUCUGUACAGAUCAUGCAUGUUUUUCAACCUAUGGUUCACCACCCUAAAUGGGCCAUUGGUGACAUUGAGUAGGUUCCAGCUCACCUAAAGAAGUGGAGUAAUAUAUUGCUGGUCCUGUAGCUCCAACUGGUCAUGAAAUCUGGCUGUAAAUUAUGAAGCAGGCCCGAUGUAUAAUAAAGAAGCCUUUAUUCCACAAAGUUGGAACUUGAGAAAGUGCUAAACAGGACCGGUGUCGAGUGGACUCUGGCGUGUGGGAUUUUAGCAACUUCAGUGACUUUGCAAGGCAGUAAAUUGUGAUUUGUUCUUAAUGUUAAAUCAACACAACUUGUUCCCCCUCUAUUUGACUGUCUUCUCAGUGGUAUUUAUUUGUUUAGUCUGGAGUAAAACUGCUUGUUUUAGAAGUUGGGAGGACAGAUUAUUUUGGGGAAUACCUCAAGGUCCCAAAUCAACCGACUCAACCUUGAUGUCUCAAAAACUGGAUGCUUAUUUAACGCUUGUGUUGCUCUGUCUUUGUAUAUAUGUACUGUAUGUUUGUGUACCCUUACAUUGAAGUCUGCACAGUACAUAUCUUUUUUUUAUUUUUCAAGAUUUUCAACUGUCAACAUCUGCUUCUGUUGAUGCACCUUCCCACUGCCACCUGUUGAAAUUAGGAUCAGUCGUGCCAGCCAUCAUGGUUAUUUAUUUUUGAGAAUCUGGCCCAUUCCACAAUUGUUUCGGCUCAAAGGAGCGUUACCUGAAAUUUGAUGGCUUGUCCUUCUGUUUCUCUGACAGUUUAAGUUGUUUCCCAGAACAACAGAUACAAAACAAAUGCUGAAACAGAACAGUGCUGUAGUUUAGAGAGAGGAUGGACAGGGGGGAGGAGAAAGCCAGAUAGACUCACUAAAGUAAAACGUAGGUUCAUUUUAUAUGGUUUACUGGACGAUGCAGUUACAUGCAUGGAUUAGUCCAAUAAUAAUAGCCUCUCAUAUUUUCAUAUAUUUAACUUCAUCCCACAAUGAUGUUGCUGAGCAUGCAAUUCCAGCAAUAGUAGAGUAAUUAUAUCCUGCUGGGUCUUGUAGGAUCCCAAUCUCUUUGCAUUGGUUGUAUGUAUUUCUGCAUUUUUGGAUGUGUGUGCUUGUACAGUAUGCAUCUGUGUGUGUGUGUGUGUGUGUGUGUGUGUGUGUGUGUUUGAUAUGAGUGGGAUCACAGUGAGAGGAGUUCAAUCUAAGAGUCAGAGGCCAAGCCAGUAAAUCUAUCAAACGGGUAACACAGCAAUGGAUGGUAGACUCUUUUGAUGCUGUUAGAAAAAUAAACCAGACCGACACAGAGCAGAGGGAGCCCACAGAACAUUAACAUGGGCUUGGCUACUUGGCUUUGGCCACAUGAAAGAGCUAACCAGCGCUGAGCUGUUUGAGUAGAGAAAGAGAGAGUUUAUAUGGGAGUGUGUUGAAUGUUGAAAGUGUACAAGUGUUCGGGACAACCACUCCUCAAACAUUUUAAAGGGUGUGAGGGUGAAUGUGACGCUGGCAGUAUGAUCCAAAGGAAAUCAGGAUUUGGUGUCUUCUCGAACUGAGUUAGUUUGUGAGCGUUCACAAACAACAUUGUAUGAGUCGUAGCCACUGACAUACUGUCUGGGCUGUUGAAUGCUGACACCAUGAUCAUUGGUACAUUUUUGUUGUCAUGUCUUGUUCCUCAAAAUUUCAAGUACACAGUUAAAACACAAUUGAGUACGGAGGAUUAACGUCCUGCUCAAAACUCCCUCCCUGCUAGCUUCUGCUGCACACUAGCAUCUUUAACUCAAUGAGUUUCUUCAUAUCAGCCUUUCUGAAAAAACAUGACACUGGUGUUUUCUGUUCAAGAUAAAAGGCUAGUGUAUUUAAACAUGAACACUGUGUUACUUUAACCAAGAUAAUGGCAGUUACUUUGUUCCCACUCAAAACAACAUAUCCUAUCAAGUAGCCAUUAGCACAUAGACAAAGCCUCAUGAAAGCAGUGUAGUAAUAAUAAAAUAAUACAAUGUACCAUCCAGUUCAGCUGUAAAUACAAAUCGAGCCUCAAGGAAUAAUUUAACAGCUCAGCACAAAGACUGAUAACUGGAAAUGCAGCUAGCUUGUCAUACAGCUGCUUUAAAAUGGACAUAAAAAACCUCAGGCACAUUUAACUUUUCAGAAAGAGGGAUACAAGAAACCUUCUCGCCAUUACUGCAGAGGCUAGCAAGGAAAGACAGAGGGAUUACAGUUCUCUAGAUGCGGCCAUAUGUAUGACUGACCAGCUUUCAGGCACCAUCCUGUUGGCAAAUGAAAAAAUGUGCAAACAUGUUGACACAUUCUGCAAGCCAGAAUGAUCCCCCUCAGGCAAACAUAGCCAAAUGUGACGCUUGUUUUCGGGCGUAAAAGCUAAUUUUGCUUGCGAGAAGAUGACAACUUUGAUUUCAUUUUGAGUAUGCUGCCUGAGUAAUAGUUUCUCAUUUUUUUCUGGGCUCUCACACAAAUAUGCAUCAAAUUCAACAACCUAAAGAAUAUGAAAAUAAUAAAGCUUGUAGGGUCUUCGGCUUGUGGAUGUCGUGUGUGUAUACGAGUGUGCAAUGUGUGUAUAUGUGUGUCCAACACCACACGAUUAGGAGGCAGAACUCCUACAAGACAUUUUCAAUGACGGAGCAUUGCGACCAUUGUGUUUCCCUCAAAGACAUUGGCGCAGAGCUGCUCCUCGUUCAUUACAGCGGCCUCUUGUGUUUUACUCUUUAUUACUGUAAUUACAUCUCAGUGUCAAUAUUCGUCCCCUGUGAUUAUCCUGAAUGACUUCUUUGCAGACAGAAUGAAAUAGUCUUCAACUGAUUUCCUCUUAUGUGCCGGGACUUUGUUUUUCUCUUUUUGUAGAUAUGUAUAAAGGUCUGCUUUCAAUUGAG